GCUGAAUGUAGCUGCGACCUUUGUGCUUGAAAAAUUAAAAACCUUUUCUAGUGCACAUUUUAAUCACAGCUUACUCCUAAUUCUUUCUUUCCUUUAUAUCUUGGGAAAAAUGGCUGAUAAUAAAUUAUACGAUAUUUUGGGAGUGUCUAGAAGUGCUAGUGAUUCUGAAAUAAAAAGGAGCUAUCAUAAAUUGGCUAAAGAAUUCCAUCCAGACAAAAACCCUGCUGCAGGGGAUAAAUUCAAAGAAAUUAGUUAUGCCUAUGAAGUCUUGUCUGACGCGAAGAAAAGACAAAUUUAUGACAAGUAUGGCUUGAAAGGCCUACAAGAAGGUGGUCAGGGUGGUGGUUUUCCUCCCGAUGAUUUGUUUGGACACUUAUUCGGAGAUAUAUUCGGCAUGGGAGGCGGCAGCAGAGGUCGAGGUCCUGCUCGCGGAGAAGAUACUAUGCACCCACUUAAAGUGUCUUUGGAAGAUAUGUACAUGGGAAAAACUACUAAGUUACAGCUUAGUAAAAAUGUAAUUUGCGGACCUUGUAAGGGAAUCGGUGGUAAGCCAGGAUCUGUGGUGGUUUGCAAGGACUGUCAUGGACAGGGUAUUAAAGUGUCUUAUCAACAAAUUGCACCACAUAUGACUCGUCAGUUUCAGUCGCGUUGCCCCACCUGCCAUGGUCAGGGUGAAACCAUUAACGACAAAGAUAAGUGCCCAAAAUGCAAAGGCAAGAAAGUUUUAAAUGAAACUAAAAUCUUGGAGGUGCAUAUUGAAAAAGGAAUGUGUGAAAACCAAAAGAUUUUCUUCAGAGGUGAGGGUGAUCAGCAGCCUGACACUCAACCUGGUGAUGUGAUCAUUGUGUUGCAGCAGAAGCCACAUCCUAUCUUCCAGAGAACUGGUAAUGACCUUGUGAUCAAACAUGAAAUUACACUAACUGAGGCGUUGUGUGGCUUCGAAUUUGUUAUUAAACAUUUAGAUGCCCGGGAUUUACUGGUUAGACAUCCACCAGGAGAAGUAAUCAAGCCAGGAGACCUGAAGUGUAUUCAGGGCGAAGGUAUGCCUCAAUUUAAGAAUCCAUUUGAGAAAGGUAACCUUUAUAUUAAGUUUGAUGUUGUUUUCCCUGAAAACAACUUUGCUACUGAAGAGCAAAUGAAGCAAAUAGAAUCUGUGUUGCCUCCUCGUCCCGCCUUUGUGAUGCCCACUGGAGAAGAUGUGGAGGAGGUUAAUUUGAUGGAGUAUACGGCCAGUGAACGUGGACGAGGUCGGGAGGAAGCAUAUGCCAGUGAUGAUGAAGAGCACAUGCACACUGGCCCUGAGGUACAGUGUGCACACCAGUAGUUCAAUUAUCCACAUUUAUGGAUUCUUACUCAAACCUCACACUAUAUAAUUUUAUCAUAGGUUAUUAUGUAAAUUAAACUAAGUAGGUAUACACUAUAACUGUUAUACUUAGUUCACAGAAUGCUAGACAUAUUUGACUUUUGCGUGCAGUGUAUUGACUUGUUUGGAGUAACUGUAUUGCUGUGCCUCUUAUUUAAAUUUGAAGCAGAAUUAAAUAAAGUAUUGUAAGCUUACAUCACUGAUUGUUUUGUGGGUCUAUUUCUAAUUACUUUCUGUAAAAUGGUGC